AUUUUGACUUCUUCGUGUUUGGGUGCUCUUUCUUUGUUGCUCGCUUUCUUUUUUUUCUUUUUCAAUUGUUUUGACAUUUGAGCUUAUGGCAAAGACAAAAUCGGACCCAAAGUUAGUGGAUGUUUCUAAUGUGGUUCCCAUGAUGUCUAAAAUCACAAACCAUAAAUGGAUUAGUUUGAAUUAUUUGGAAUGGAGUAAGACGAUUCGACUUUGUGUAAGGAGUAUUGACAAAGAUGAUCACUUAAUUGAUAAUCCUCCCAAAGAAAAAGAUGAUUCAAGAAAAAUGUGGUUAAGGAUGCUUGUUUCUUCAAAUUCAAAAUUCUAUUGAUAAUAAGAUAACUAAUUUGACUAAUCAUUGUAAAUUAGUUAAAGAACUAAUGGAUUACUUAGUGUUUUCGUAUUCAGGCAAAGACAACAUAUCUCGCAUAUAUGAUGUUUGCAAAGCCUUUUAUCGUGCGAAGAAACAAGAUAAGUCUCUUAUAAGUUACUUUAUGGCAUUUAAGAAAACAUAUAAAGAGCUUAAUGAUAGACCUCCUGUGACGUAUGUGUACGCUCGAAGGAGUAGUUAGUCUAACAUGGGGUCUGCCACAGGGAAUAAUAUGGUUGUGUAAUUCUGUUUGGGGGGUUUUGUUUGGGUGUAGCUAAGGCUCAUGGGAGUCUUGUGGGGAUUAUAUACAAAUAAUAGAAUAUUGUAGUGAGGGGGCACAGAGUUUUUCUGAGUGAGGCUUGUAAGGAGAGACCAGGCUCUCCAUUUUCCAGGGGAUCAAUUACAGCAGAGUUUCUUUUUCAUUAAUUCUUUUCAUCUACUUUCUUCUCUGGUCUCAAUUGAUAGGAUAAACCUACCAAUUGGUAUCAGAGCUCCUACUUCCAUGGGACCAAAGAAGGAUGCUAUGUCCGAGAUUAUCGAAGAAAAAGUUGGGGCUGAGGUCUCCGACCUUCGUCAAGAUGUGCAAAGGGUUACACAGGGUAUGGAGAAGUUACAAAGAGAAAUUCAGACCACCAUUGAGAGUAUCGUCGCCAAACAGAUGGAGUCUGUAGUGAGCCAAAUUUCCCAAAUACUCGCACCGUUAAUCAAAGUCACUCCCGAAGCGGCAGCCACCAACGCAGAUCGACAACGACGAGCUCUCGACGGUAAUGGACCUUCGAUUGGGGAAUCCAGCUCCAUCAGAAUUCGUCUUGACCAAAACACACUGAAAUUUCCGGCGAACAUGGCGGUACCUCCCCUGAACAGCCUGACAGGACCUCCGAUACAGCUUGGUUCGUUUGGAAACUCAUUCUCGAACAGUCUGGACUACCGCCUCCCACAAAUGGAAAUUCCGUUGUUCAGCGGUGACAACCCCAACGGUUGGAUUGCCCGUGUCAAACGGUAUUUUUUACUUACAAAAAUGGCAGAGUCGAUGAAACUUGAUACGGCCAUUGUUGGCCUUGACGGUGAUGCACUAUCCUGGUCUCAGCGGGAGAACCAACGCCGGCUUAUUACUUCUUGGGCGAUACUCAAGCAAAUGGUCCUCCUUCGAUUCCGAGCGGUACCUAUUGGGUCUCUUUCAGAGGAGUUGUUAUCGGUGGUCCAAACAGGUACGACGAAGGAGUACCGUGUCCAGUGGGAGAUGUUGGCCUCUCGAGUACCCGACCAUAUUCUGGAAGGGGGAUUCGUAAAAGGACUCAAAGAAGAAAUCAAGGCCACAUUGCAUAUCCUGCAGCCCCAGGGGUUGGCUCAUAUCAUGGAAACGGCCCAAAGAAUUGAAGAGGGCCAUCAACUAAUGAACUCGGGCUCAUUACUUAAGCCCACUUCGUCCAAAUCAUUCUUUUGGGUCUAGUUCAGCAACCCGUUCUAAUUACUCAAGUUUUCCUUCACGAAUCCUACCAACAGUUUCACAGCAGCGACCAUAUUCUCCUUCUUCAGUCAGCACGGCUUCAACGACAUCCAAGACCGGAAGCACUCGAUCGGCCACCGGCACCUCUUACAAACGGUUGACCUAGGCGGAGUACCAAGAGAAACGUUCUCGGGGGCAUUGCUUCAGAUGUGACAAGAAAUUUCACCCUGGCCGUGAAUGUGAACAGAAGCUCCUUCAAAUUCUUCUCACUGCGGACGAAGAAGAAUUGGAUUCGCCUAAUGAAAACCCUCCUCUCUCACUAGAUUCAGGCGAGACAGUGGUCACCGAAGAGACUCUCGCCACCCUUUCUCUGAAUUCUCUAGUUGGCAUCUCCACCGCCAACACCAUGAAAUUAGCUGGCCAAAUCGGCAAUCAAACCGUCACUGUACUAAUCGAUAGCGGAGCAACCCACAACUUUGUUUUAAUGGAAGUUGUUGCGGCAGUAGGCCUGCCCAUAUCGGCCACCACUUGUUAUGGGAUACUUCUGGGCACCGGUCGCAAGGUGAGAACUGAGGGAAUUUGUUCUUAAGUGGAGCUCGAUUUGGGAGCAAUUCGGGUCAUCACAGAUUUCUUUCCAUUGGAGUUGGGGGGCGCAGAUGUUAUUUUUGGAAUUAAAUGGCUGGAAACAUUGGGAAAUAUGCAAGUCAAUUGGAAAACGAUGGUGAUGAAAUUCGAAAUGGCGGGAACAUGGGUGACAUUACAAGGGGACCCGAGCUUAUGUAAGUCACCCAUCUCUUUGAAGGCUAUGAUGUUAACAGUCGAAAAAAAGGGCUGAGGCAUAUAUGAUUCAUGUCGUGGCGUUGUCCGUGGCCGAGGAUCAACACCACUCACCGAUCCCUGCUCCUAUUAGUCAGCUUCUCGAGCAAUACAAAUAUGUUUUUGAGCUACCACCAGGGCUACCUCCACAACACUUACGGGACCAUACCAUCACCUUAAAGCCAAACACAGGGCCCAUAUCGGUGCGUCCUUACCGCUACGCCCAGAUUCAAAAAGGUGAGAUUGAGAAGAUGGUUCAAGAGAUGCUUCGUAUUGGCAUUGCUCAGCCUAGCACUAGUCCGUUCUCCAGCCCGGUUUUAUUGGUGAAAAAGAAAGAUGGCAGUUGGCAAUUUUGUGUGGAUUACCGAGCUUUAAAUUGAGCAACCGUGGCAGACAAAUUUCCCAUUCCUGUUCUUGACGAGCUUCAUGGUGCCACCGUUUUUUCCAAACUGGAUUUGAAGCCUGGGUAUCAUCGAAUUCGUAUGGCACCAGGAGAUGUGGAAAAGACGGCUUUUCGGACUCAUGAGGGGCAUUACGAGUUUCUAGUCAUGCCUUUCGGCCUCACCAAUGCCCCUGCCACCUUUCAAGCUCUCAUGAAUGAGGUAUUUCGAGAUUUCUGAGGUCAUUGUGUCUUGAUUUUCUUUGAUGAUAUUCUUGUGUAUAACCCUUCUGUAGCAGCUCAUGCAACUCAUCUUCGCUUGGUUCUCGACCGACUCCGUCACCAUCGCUUGUAUGCCAACAAGAAGCAGUGUCUUUUUGCUCAAGCUCAAGUUGACUAUUUGGGCCAUGUGAUAUCCGCCAAGCGGUUGCUGCCGAUCCAACUAAGAUUGAGGCGAUGCUCCGAUGGCCCACUCCAUCCACCAUUAAGGACCUACGGGGUUUUCUAGGUCUUACCGACUAUUACCGUAAGUUUGUACAAGGAUAUGGUAGCAUUGCCCGUCCUCUCACGGAUCAGCUUAAAAAGGAUGCUUUUUCCCGGUCCCCCUCAGCUCAAACGGCCUUUGAACGAUUGAAGGAAGCCAUGUGCACAGUUCCGAUUUUAGCUCUUCCUGAUUUCUCCAUUCCGUUUGUACUUGAGGCUGAUGCCUCCGGUAUAGGGCUUGGCGCGGUUCUAAUGCAAAAUGGGCGUCCCAUUGCCUAUUUUAGCCGCACUCUGUCCCC